AUGCUCUCGUCGCUGUCGCUGGCAUCGUUCUUGCCUUCCAUCCUUCAGCCGAGUAGUUAUAAUAACAAUCAACAGGAUCAGCUACGCUCACCCAUACCAGAUACUCCACCGCCAACGACCAGCACCAUUGGCUUGCCAGAUGACAAGAAUGGCACCAUGACACCCACUACAGACGCCCCCAAUCCAAGGAAAAAGAGCAAGAAAGACAGGCCACCAAACGAGACGUUCAUCGUCGUACGACCUCCCCCUUCCAAAUCAAUCCAUCCGCUCAAUCUACAGGUCCAACUCGUCCCCCCACAAUCUCGUGUCGCUAGCUCCUCUUCAACUGUACAAGCACUUGACCCUUCGCAUCAGAAUGGCACCACAGACUCUUCCGACUUGGCUCGAACAUCAUCUGAUAGGUCUGACUACUCUGGAUACACCUCCGCAACUUCCGUAUCUUCGUUUGCAUCCACUUCCACGACGUCUUCAGGAAGACGCACGAUCAUCCCUCUCUACAACCUCCAGGCCCACCACGUCAUGACAAACACCAUAGUCGACGCUGGUACGGACGCGAAAGUAGCCAAAUUCAUUAAGCGCGGUCUCGAAAUCGUUGGGCUCGCCAUCCUGGAACCAAUUGAAGUAUGGGGGUCUGCACCACUGCCGCGAACGAUGCCACCGGAACAGACCACCACCAACAUCGCACGCACCUCCAUCGAUGACCCGCAGCGCGAAUUUGGCGCAGUAUCUCCACGCCUUAGUCCACGCACAUAUCCCACAUCUAAAGACCGCCCAUCGACGAGUUACUCUACUGUUUCUGCACUGGACAGGGACCCCCACCAUCGGCCGCCGCCGGCCAUCAAUGUCACGCUUCCGCCCACAGACAACUCUCCACUUUCCCCAGGUGAUGUGCCGCAGUCAGGCCCUCGCCGGAAAAAACUCUUCACAAGUAUGUUCAAGAAGAAAGAUCCAUCGCGUACCUUAUCAAUCGCAGUCCCCACCUCAGGCACGGAUCCCCAAGCACCCCCAUCCGCGCCUCCACGCGUAACCAGUCACAACGUGGCGCGUGGAGCUCCCUUGCCUCUGCGCGAUCCUUUGCAUUCAGGCGUACCGGAGUCUGCUCCAUACGCUCAGCUUGGGUUUGGAGAUGAUAGUUUAGCACCUACCCCCAUGACCGGUACGACUCCAUUCACCUCGACAGUGUACUGUUCCCCCGUGCUUGGUGUGCAGGCGGCUCUAUACCCUUCGGUCCAACCCCCUCCUGGACGUCCGACGAAGUAUGUGUGGGUGAUCCGCAAGUGGCUCAAGGGUACAGAAACGGGUCUCUUGAACGGCAUGAUGGGGAGACUGAAUAUCAAUGGACGCACGGGUGGAAGUGCUGGGAACACGAAUGCCAGUAUGGGCGCAGAUGGCAGUGGCAGUGUUGAGGUUCGCUUUGAGUGGGAAAGGGGGAAGAAGAAACAGCGGGAGAAGGACAGAGUGAGAGGAAAGCGGCAGGUGGGCGAGAGCUAUAACGAGACUGGCCAGAACAACAAACAACAGACGGCUACGGUUGGUCGGUGGCCCAGCAAACCACUACUGUCGACACCCUCUCCAGUUGGAUCUAUCCGUCGAGCUGCCGUCGAUGCUGCUGUGGGAUUAGAGGAUCAACGCCUCUCCAUUGUUUCCCAGCAUAGCAAUUCAGACACAGUCACAGACGAGAGCAGCAUUGCGCCCCACAACGCCCGAUCACAACAGCAACAUCGACGUUCGCCGGGGACCGACGAGGACUCUGGCGAUGAUAGCGACCCCGAAGACUCUGAGACGCCAUGGAUAUGUACACUCACAAUCCGGCGCGUAUGGUCUCAUUCAUCACCUUCGUCAUCUUUUCGCCAUCCUAGUGUUGCCGCUGAAAACCAUCACUCGCAACCCCAAUCCGUCUGUCUCAAAGUCGCCACGCUCUCGCCGACACCCCACCAUCCUAAAGUCGUCGGCCUGCUUAAAGUGCCAUUCCCCCUCCCCGAUAUAGAAGUUGAGCAGAUGGCCGUGAGGAAGCGUAUCCUCACGGCACAUGGCGUCUCUCGGACGACGGCAGAGACCCCUGCUACCUCUGGUGCGACAGGUGGGAGUGGUUACGGCGGGUUGGUGCUCACUGCGGAGGAGAUUAAGGAUACGAUUUCGUCUACGGCGCUCUGGUUAGUUGUCCGCGAGGCAUUUGGAGGUAUAGGCAGGGAUCGAAAACGAGGCGAGGGCGGCGGAUGGAGGAUGCGGCCUUGA